GUGGUGCACAGAUAUUUUUGCUCUGCUCAGAACAUGCUCUACACAGCACACUGGGACUGCCGUCGCUGCGGGUGAUCUGGCCUCAUCAUGAAGCAAUGGGAUGACGAGAAGAUGCUCGAUGCUCCUACACCUUCAUCGAGUGUCCGAGGAGUCCUCAACCGGCUGAGCGGGCGGCUAUGGAACCCUCGUCGACGCAUAGUCCGUACAGCCGUGUGUGUGAUACUGCUCACCUUUGGCUGCGCAUCGUAUUGGAGAUCUCAGGUGCCUUCGCUCGACGAUCUCCUUCCAUCAUCGGCAGCGUUCACAUCCAGCAAUGUAAGCGGCUUCGUAAACAUGGGAGCCAUGCAGAAACAUGAGACUUGCGACGAGAUUCGGCAUCGGGGUGAAAUCAGCGUGCAGGAGAGCCUACACGUCGACGACGAUCUCGUUGCGAUCGCGAAAAGUCUCGACGACCACCCCAUGGUGGACUAUGGCGGUGGAAAGAAGCAACACACGUUCGAACAUCUUGUUUCCAAGACUUGGCUGCGAAUGGCUCAGUCCAGCGUGUGGCUCGAAAAGUACCAAGUCUAUCUUACAGUCACGCGCGUGCUCUUCUACAACAAAGGCGUCCGGCAUUGGCCCGCAAUUAGUUUUGUCCGAGGCCAGAUUCACGACCGACACUGGAAGGAGCUCAAAGGAUAUGUCAUUCGCUGGCAAGACGAGCGCAUCGUUUUUCCAAGAAUCUUCGACAUACCCAUCCCAUAUUUCAUCGGUGGUGGAUUCUACGGCCCCGAGGAUCCACGGAUCAUCAUUGAGGAUCAUCCCGAUGCCGAGCCUGUCAUCGUGUUCAACAUGCUCGGCGAUCUUGACAAGAGCCGUCGGAGCAUGUGGGUCUAUCGCCCCUUCUCGAACAAGGCCACUGAACUCGCCAUGCGUGGAAAAGAGCCUGGUGGCGUGGAAAAGAAUUGGAUGCCCUUCUUCUAUAAAAGCCAGAACAAGGAGGAGAGCAAAAUUCCAGGUCCAAAUCGCUAUCUACACUUUGUGUACUUGUUUGCGCCUCUCACCAUUGUCAAAUGCCGCCUCCAAUAUGGCUGGUGUGACGAGGUGUACCAUCAGCAAAUUCCGGACGAGCACAGGAUAGAGCACAAAAAUACAAUCUACAACGACACCGGGGGAUCCCUGCGAGGUGGCACAAACUUUCAAGCAGUAACACUCGCAGAUGGGAAACAAUCUUUCGUUGGAUUCCCCAGGACUCAUGUUGAUGGAACUUGCCAUGACGGGGUGUAUCGUCCGGAACUCGCUGUCUUGUCUGCCACUGCAGACAAUCAGUUCCACCUCGACUAUCUUUCUGGUCCCUUGGAUUUUGGUACUGCGGUCAUCCAUAAUUCUUCAGACAUUUGUGCAGAAGGCCGAAUCUUGAUUGCGAACAGUAUCGCCAAAUGGGAUAAAACUGCCGCAGACGAUACCAUGACGCUUUCUGUGAGCGUGGAUGAUUUCACAACGGAAGUGGUCAGGAUACGAGGUGUACAUUCUCUGCUGCAGAGUUUGCCUGGAAUAUCUACACCUCACACGGAGGACACCUCGGAGAACGACAAUUUGGCACUAGCUGUUCCCGGCUACGACGUGCUUGGAUGCUGCCUCGAAUCGGCGAUCAGGGGUGCUGAAGAGGCGUAUACUCUGAGCCCGCAGAAAAUCAGAAACGAUGCCGAGAAAGAGAAGAGGAAGAAGGAAGACGAGGAGAAGAGGCAGAAGGAGGAAGAGGGGAAGCGGAAAGAGGAGGAGGAAAGGAAGAGCAAAGAGGAAGACGAGAAGAAGCGGAAAGAAGAGGAAGAAAGGAAGCUACGGCGAAAAGACAAACAGAGUAAGCAGAAAGAAACGGAGAACAAGAGCGAGGGUGAGAGGAGCGAUCGAGUGAACGAAAGUAAUGAUACCACAGAUUUGCGAUAACAUUUAGACUUGUUGAAUUCGAAUUUUUGGCUGUAUUGGCAUGGGUAGGCAGACAGUUUGGAUCGGUGGCCAUGUUGACA